AUGUUAGAUGACAAAGCGGAUAAAACAUAUGUUGACAAUAAAAUGUCAAGUGAAGUGACAAGAGCUGACAAAGAAUAUUCUAAAAAGACUCAUACACAUACCAUUGCAAAUAUUACAAACUUACAAGAAACCUUAAACAAGAAAAGUGACGUUGGACAUACACACGAUUUCUUCGCAACUGUUGGUAUAGAAAAUAUUGAAGGAACGGUUGAAGAAACUGGGGAUGUAUUAAAUUGGAAACCUCCUAACUUUCCACAAGGUUUAACAUCGGAGGAUGACAUAACGACGAUGAAAUACAUUAGAUGUAGAAAUGUCUAUGUCAUGGAGGAUGAAAACAAAGUUAAAUUCACUGCUCAAGAUUUAUAUGACAACAAAGCUGACAAAACAUAUGUUAACGAUGAGUUAGAUAAGAAAGCUGACAAAACAUAUGUUAACGAUGAGUUAGAUAAGAAAGCUGACAAAACAGAGCUUCAAACGUUAAAGACAGAAAUACUUCAAACACUAUAUCCUAUAGGUUCUAUUUACACGUCAAUGAACUCUACCAAACCAGAAGUAGUACUUGGUUUUGGAACUUGGACUCAAAUAGUCGACAGGUUUUUGUAUUGUGCAAACUCUUCAAAGGAAACAGGCGGAAGUAAAACGAUUUCAGGUGCAAAUUUACCUGCGCACAGUCACUACAUAAAUUUAAGUACAUCUGAAGCAGGUUUGCAUAGUCAUAGAUUUUGGGAUUGGUCAGGAAUGACAAAAGGUAAAGGAUAUGAUGUUAAAGAGGACGUUAAGUUUGCUAUAAAUUGUUACUGGAGUAACACUGAGGUAGGAGGAAACCAUACACAUCGCGUUUCAGG